CUUCCUUCUCCAAUUACAGAAAUUUGCUUCAUUACAUCUCAAACUAUAAACAAACAUUUACAUUUUCUUCUUCUACGAAUAUGGCGGCGGCAGGAAAAGGCGAAGGACCAGCCAUUGGAAUUGAUUUGGGCACUACAUAUUCUUGUGUAGGUGUAUGGCAACAUGAUCGUGUUGAAAUUAUAGCUAAUGAUCAAGGAAACAGAACCACGCCUUCUUAUGUUGCUUUUACUGAUACUGAACGCCUCAUUGGUGAUGCUGCGAAGAAUCAAGUUGCUAUGAACCCAGUUAAUACUGUAUUCGAUGCUAAGCGCUUAAUCGGAAGGAGAUUUAGCGAUCCUUCGGUGCAGAGCGAUAUGAAAUUAUGGCCUUUUAAGGUUAUACCUGGGCCUGGUGACAAGCCAAUGAUUGUUGUUACAUACAAGGGUGAGGAGAAGCAAUUUUCUGCUGAGGAAAUAUCAUCCAUGGUCUUAACCAAGAUGAAGGAGAUUGCUGAGGCUUAUCUUGGAACAACUAUCAAGAACGCAGUCGUCACAGUACCUGCUUACUUCAAUGAUUCGCAGCGUCAGGCAACUAAAGAUGCUGGUGUCAUAUCCGGGCUUAAUGUAAUGCGUAUUAUCAACGAGCCGACAGCAGCUGCAAUUGCCUAUGGACUUGACAAGAAGUCUACCAGUACUGGUGAGAAAAAUGUGUUGAUUUUCGAUUUGGGUGGUGGUACUUUCGAUGUGUCUCUUCUCACUAUUGAAGAGGGGAUUUUUGAGGUUAAAGCUACUGCUGGUGAUACUCACUUGGGAGGUGAGGAUUUUGAUAAUAGAAUGGUGAAUCAUUUUGUUCAAGAGUUUAAGAGAAAGCAUAAGAAGGAUAUCAGUGGGAAUCCAAGAGCAUUGAGGAGGUUAAGGACUGCUUGUGAGAGAGCAAAGAGGACUUUAUCAUCCACUGCUCAAACAACAAUUGAAAUCGAUUCGUUGUAUGAAGGCAUUGAUUUUUACACAACUAUCACUAGGGCAAGAUUCGAAGAGAUGAACAUGGAUUUGUUUAGGAAGUGUAUGGAGCCAGUGGAGAAGUGUUUGAGAGAUGCUAAGAUGGAUAAAAGUGGGGUACAUGAUGUGGUUCUUGUUGGUGGAUCAACUAGGAUUCCGAAAGUUCAACAAUUACUUCAGGACUUUUUCAAUGGAAAGGAGCUUUGUAAGAGUAUCAACCCUGAUGAAGCAGUUGCUUAUGGUGCUGCUGUGCAAGCUGCAAUUUUGAGCGGUGAAGGCAACGAGAAGGUUCAAGAUUUGUUGCUGUUGGAUGUUACUCCUUUGUCGCUCGGUUUAGAAACUGCCGGAGGUGUAAUGACUGUGUUGAUCCCAAGAAAUACAACCAUUCCAACCAAGAAAGAGCAAGUUUUCUCUACAUACUCGGACAACCAACCCGGUGUCCUGAUCCAGGUGUACGAGGGAGAAAGAGCGAGGACCAAGGACAACAACUUGUUAGGCAAGUUUGAGCUCUCUGGCAUCCCACCUGCACCAAGGGGCGUUCCUCAAAUCAAUGUCUGCUUCGACAUUGAUGCCAAUGGCAUACUGAAUGUGUCUGCAGAGGACAAAACUACUGGACAGAAGAACAAGAUAACUAUCACCAACGACAAGGGUCGGCUCUCAAAGGAAGAGAUCGAGAGAAUGGUGCAAGAAGCUGAGAAGUACAAGUCUGAAGAUGAAGAGCUCAAGAAAAAGGUGGAAGCUAAGAACGGAUUGGAGAAUUACGCUUACAACAUGAGGAACACUAUUAAAGAUGACAAGGUUAGUUCCCAACUUCCAGCUGCUGAUAAGAAGAAGAUUGAGGAUGCCAUUGACGAAGCUAUCAAGUGGCUAGACAGCAACCAACUUGCAGAGGCCGAUGAGUUCGAAGACAAGAUGAAGGAACUGGAAAGCGUAUGCAAUCCGAUCAUUGCCAAGAUGUAUCAAGGUGGUGCUGGUGGAGCUACUAUGGAUGAAGAUGAUGGUCCUUCUGUUGGUGGUGGUGCAGGAAGUGCAAGUGGUGCUGGUCCAAAAAUUGAGGAAGUGGAUUAAGAAUUUUUGAGUGGAAUUGUUUUACUUGUUUCUUACUAAGUAUGCUUUCAAGUAGCCUUUUGAAAUGAAAGCUUGUUCAUCCUUUUGUUGUUGAUAAAUUGUUAUGUGCUUUUCAAUAUAGAAUUGAAGAAAGCUUAUGUUGUUCUUAUCCUCUACUAAAA